GUUGUUUGGAUGUUACCCGUACUUGUUGAAGUCGGUACUUCACGCCAUCGAUUGAAAAAAUGUCGAAAACCAGCAGUACAAGCAAGAUGCCAGGGUACAUGAGCAGGAGCUCCCUGAAGAAAGGCAUUGGGGACCGCACUGUGCGGUUCAGGUGUGGCCUACAGAACACCAUACUGGAUGUGCUGAGAGCACGGGGAUGGCAGGAGGUGACAGGGGACAACUCUGAUUGGGACUUCUACUGGUGUGACAGGGAGUGGCUGAAGGAAAACUAUGACCAUAUAUAUCUUCCAGAACAUGUAAAGAUUUGUCAUUUUAGGAACCAUUUUGAGCUUACAAGAAAAAAUUUAAUGGUAAAAAAUUUGAAGAGGAUGAGAAAACAGGUGGAGAGGGAGCAGGGAAAGAUAGAAGCAGCUUCAUUUGAUUUUUUCCCAGCAACUUAUGAAUUGCCUUCUGAGUAUCACAUAUUUGUUGAAGAGUUCAAACGAAACCCGGGAGUAAUAUGGAUUAUGAAGCCAAUAGCAAAAUCUCAAGGAAAGGGAAUCUUUUUAUUCAGAAAACUCAAAGAUAUAACAGACUGGAAAAAGGGAGAGUACCAGAGAGAACCUGACCCAAACAAAGAGGCUCCAGAGGCAUAUGUUGUCCAGAGGUACAUAGAAAACCCGUAUGUGGUGGGAGGAAGGAAGUUUGAUCUCAGGGUUUAUGUUCUUGUCACUUCGUAUUCCCCCCUCAAGGCAUGGCUGUAUCGAGGAGGUUUUGCCCGUUUCUCCAAUACAAGAUUUUCCCUGGAUGCAAUUGAUGAUACUUAUGUCCAUCUGACCAAUGUAGCCGUCCAGAAGACUGCCCCAGACUAUGACCCGGAGAAAGGAAACAAGUGGUCAAUGCAGCAACUUCGCAGAUAUCUCACAGCAAAACAUGGAAUGGAGGCAGUUGCCAAAAUGUUCACACAGAUGGAUGACAUCUUUAUAAAGACAUUACAGAGUGUGCAGAAAAUUAUGAUUAAUGACAAGCGCUGCUUUGAAAUGUAUGGCUAUGACAUCCUCUUAGAUACCAACUUGAAACCCUGGCUUUUAGAAAUCAAUGCAUCUCCAUCACUUACAGCUAGCAGUAAAGAGGAUUAUGAAUUAAAGUGUGGACUACUGGAUGAUGUGCUCAAUGUUAUAGACUUGGAAAACAGACUAACAGGGAAGGAGAAACACGUAGGAGCAUGGGACCUCAUAUGGGAUGAUGGUCCCGUGAUGGGGGAUGAAGGCGGGAUAGACUGCAUGAACGCAACUACCUAUACCACCAACUCUUUCUUAGGAUGUCACAUGGACAGGAAGAAACAACUGAGGCAAUUGUUCAAGACAUUACAAGCUGCCAAGAAGACGUGACACAUGUAUUAUGUAGUUAUGAACCGUGAUAAUUUUUUACUGGCUUGGGUUAAAUAAAGGACUAUUAGAUCAAUGGAAUAAAAUCACGUACAGCAACAAUUCCAUGACAUUUUCUAGUGCACUGAUCAAGCAUAACAGAUGGCCAUCUUGUUUUCUACAUUGUUUAAAAAAUUAAAAUUCUGACAAAGCUGUUUGUGAACACAAAGGGCAUGUUUCAGUGUGAAUAUGGGGUAUGUAGUUCUUAUGAUCUUCAUUCAUUUAUUCAUUUGAUUUUUAAUUUUUUUUUUUUUUGCUUUUGUAUUAAGGUUAUUUUGAAAAAAUGAAAUAAAUGCAAUAAUUGGUUAUCAAACCUGGUACUUUGGGUAUAGCGUUGCCAUCUC